AUGGCACCCACAGCCGGCCCGCCGCUCUCGCUCCGGCCGUUUCCCGUCGCCGACAGGCAGCCCAGGAACCUCGCCGAGUUCAUCGCCCGCGUCAAUGCUCGCCCGGGCGGCUUUCGCAGCCUCACAGAAGACAAGCUGCGCGAACAGAUCAAGGCUGAAGAGAGCCCUGACCAUGACGCGGAACAAGAGGACGUGGACAUGUCGGACAUUGCAGAUGACGAGGAUGCCCCCGCCAGCAAGGACCCCAACAUCGCCCGCAUGGAGGUUCUCAAAAAUGUCGAAAUGGCAAGUAACACGGCCAUGCUGACCCUCGACACCCUUUCCCUCCUCCUCUCGAAACAGAACCCGACACAGGCCAGUGUGACCCUGUCGCAGCAGCUUCGCGACAUGGUGGGCAUUGGCACCCUUGGAGCCGACAGACUGGACGAACCUAGCGUCGACGAAGCCAAAGAAAAGGCUCAGGAAGAGGUGGCCAUUGGCUGGACCUUGAUGGAGAUCAACAAAACCCGGAAUGCUGCCGAGGCCGCCAGCUCUUUUCUGGAGCGUGAGGUGGACACGGAGAGCAGAUAUUGGGAGGAGGUCAUGGCGGUCAAGAAGGCCGGCUGGUCCAUGUGUAGAGUGCCUCAGGAGCGCCAUACACUGGGUGUUCGCUUCGGGUUCUCUGAAGCUGCGCCCGAGUUUAAGAGCAACGGCUUGGCCCCCAUGCGAAGAAGCGAUGACGGAUCCAUCGAGCUUGACCUCGGCCGCCUUGGCGGUGUAUCGGAAGGCCUCGUUGUCACAUACGAAAAGGAUGGCAAGCUCGUUGGCCGAUCGGUCCCCUGGCGGCGGUCCCCAGAUGACCCUUCCCUUGAAUCUCGUGUGCUCGAAGCGCGCAACACCAUAUUUUCACAGGAGCUCUGGCAUGAGCUGACUCGCGAGGCCCGCACCCUGGCCGCAUACGACGUUCGUCUACAAGGGCCACGGCUGACGUGCAAGAUCGAAGAGUCAUCCAAGAUCAGCAUUGAGCUACUGCCUCUCGAGGCUUGCCCACCUCCAGACGAUGCGCUGCCAGAAAAUGGGACGACGGAGAUGAUGCUGCUGUCUUUGCAUCUUCUUCUCAGCUAUGCUCACCGUUACAACGAACUUCUGAGGACCCGUCCCAUACCCCCUCACGUCUCGCGGGCUCGCGGCCAACAGACCUACACUCUUCUACGACCCAUAAUCGCGCGCAUGAAAUCCAUUCUCAGUAUCAGAGCCUGCACGGAAUAUGUCGGAGGCCUCGUCGGGGCCCUUCAAAAGGCUGGCCUGCCGUCGUCAUUUACACUCCGCACGCCUCAGCUCUCGGCUGUUGAGCCCGGCGCCAGCGGCCCUAAUCAGCAGUCUGGCGCUCAGACUCUCGUCCGGAAUAUGCUCCAGCCUCUUGAGUUUACCGUAGAGGUCGUCAUUCUCGGUGGCACGUCGUUCACCAUCCGCGGCCGGACGUUCCUCUUCCCCUUUACAGCAACAUACUACCAUGUACUUCUCCCGCCUUCGUCGCCCUUGCAGGCCAUGGCGGCACCGUUCGCAGACGGGUACUCGGAGCUUCGCACCCUCUCUGAGUACAUCCACACAGCCGUCGCGCGCGCCCUCGCGACAGAUUACCUUGCCAAGCUCGCCGCAUCGUCGACCGACGUCGAGUGGGCGCUGGAUAUCGUCGGCACGACGAUCCAAGACGUCGUCGGCAAUCACUCCGGCUUGCACCUUGGCGUGCGCGACGUCGACGCCAGGCCAACCGUCGUCCUCACGAGUGUCGCCGCCGGCGAGCGCAGCAGUAACGCCGGUCAGAAGGCGUGGACGUGGGCCAAGGACGGGAGCGGCAGUGAGAGCAGGACACUACAGGAUGUGGCCGACGAGCUCUCCGGCACCGUCACCGCGUAG